AUGCCGAGCUACGCUGAUUGCACAGCUGUCAGCGCGCUGUGUCCAGUAGAAGCCACCACCUACGGCUACUACCCCAACUUUGGCGGCAACGUCUUCUUCACAGUUUACUUCGGUCUCCUGGGGGUCCUCCAAAUCGGUUAUGGAAUCUACUUUCGCACCUGGACCUUCAUGGUCGCACUCGGCGCGGGCGCAAUCAUGGAAAUGGCCGGCUACGUAGGCCGAGUCUUGAUGAACGCCAACCCGUGGAACGAGAGCGCAUUCAAGCUACAAAUCGUGUGUCUAGUUCUAGCUCCGACCUUCGUCGCCGCAGGUGUCUACCUCACCCUCAAACAUAUCGUGUUGAACUUGGGUCCCGAGCACUCCAAACUGAAGCCGCGCCUGUUCACGUGGAUCUUCAUUAGCUGUGAUAUCGGCUCUUUGAUUCUGCAAGCAGCCGGUGGUGGUGUCGCGGCCGCUGCUGGAAAGACCAAUCAGAAACUGCUCAAGGCUGGUGACGAUAUUAUUAUCGCGGGUAUUGCCUUCCAGGUGGUUACGAUGGCGGUCUGUGGGUUACUGGGUCUCAACUUCUUCUGGAAUGUCUACCGUAGCGGUAAUGGACUUGUUAGCGAGAAGUCUACGGAUGAUCCUACACCGGCGAUUUCGCCCCAGCGGAUGAGGCUGGUCAUUAUCGCCGAGGUCUUUGCUUACUUUACCGUGCUGAUUCGGUGUAUCUAUCGUAUUCCCGAGAUGGCUGGUGGUUGGGGCAGUGCGUUGAUGCAAAAGGAGAAUGAGUUCCUCGUCCUGGAUGGAAUGAUGAUUGCUUUGGCCUGUACUGCCUUCACCGUCGUCCACCCGGGUCUCUUCAUUCCUUCCAUGCGGACCGCACGCAAAAACAGCACCUAG